GUUACAGGCGCGCAAACGCAGGAGUUAGGAGGCAUGCUCAUAUUCAUGCAAACCGUGAUUACAGCAAGGUAAGUUUGGGGUCAAAUGGUUCAGAGAUAUCCAUGUUUGGAACCAUGGAUGUUGCUGGUGUGCGUGUUUGCUCUGGCUGGUGAAGUUGGUGCUUUCUUUGACUGGAUGAAGGUGGCACCGGCUCCGUCCUCGGUGCCUCCAGCUAUGCCCGCUCAUCCGACUGCUGUCCCAAGUAACGCUGCACCAUUUGAGAUGAGUGUUGCUGAUGAGAAGAUACUGGCUGAGGCGAAACUGAUUGCUAUGAGUCCUCUUGACAGCUGCCAUUUUAGGGUUGUCUCUCAGCUCAAGGCUACCUGCAAUGGCCUUUCGGAAGAACAGCUGGCAAAACUGGGAGUGGCUUUGUUCAACUGCCAGUCAGAAGUAGAGGGACGCAGGACUUUCCUGUGCACUGAGGAAAUGUCCAUUAAAGAGUGCACAGCUGACAUGGAUUCAGACACCUGGAACGCGUACCACAUCGUCAGUAAUCGUGCACGCUCUGUGUGUUAUGCCACACGUCAGCAGCAGUUUCGAAGGCAGACUGAGCUUACUGUGAACGCCCUAAUCUCAACAGCAGCAAACCAGCUGGAUGCUAUGAAAGACCUGAAGGAGGGUCAGCGUGAACUACGGGACAUGACUGCUGCAUCACUGGACAGACUGUUGGACGGACACAGUGCUCUACAGCUCCAGCAAGGGGCACUAAAGGAGGGCCAGCAGCAGUUGGAUGCUUCAAUCUCUGCCAAUUUGCAAAGGUUGACACAGGAGAAGGCUCUGAUUAGCACUGGGCAGCAGCUGGUGGCACAGCUUAUCCAGGGAAUUACACAGAGAAUAGAGAAUGUCAGUGAGCAGUUGAAAGGUCAAGGUACAGAUGUGCAGGAAGGCCAUCAGGCUAUUCUAAACGACCUGGCUGAAGUCCGAGGGCGUGCACAAGAGAUCUACAGUAAAAUGGAACUUAAUUUGAACGGGGUCCUGCAGCAGCAGAACACAACAGUUCAGUUCUACGCUGAGCUCAUGGGAAAGCUGGAGCGCAUGAACAGUACUCUGGGAUACAUGCUGACGUACCUGGACAGCAUGCAGAGCAGACUAGAGGAUAGAUUACAUAUGAUCCAAGGAUACCUGGGAUGGGCUGGUUUGAGUCUGCGUGCUGUGUGGAUAUGUAUGAUGCAUGCUGGAUAUUUCCUGUUCUCUGCGGUCCUGCUGUCCUUCUUGCAGUGUCCCACAUUUUCCCGUGUCUCUCUGCUCGUCACUGUGCCCGUCAACGCCAUUGCUGAGGUCAAUCAGCAGGCAGCUUUCGACCUGGUCACGCUCUCUCUGCUCCUCUUUACGCUCUCACUGGCACGUUGGUUUGUGCUGCAGCUGUUGUGGGCCCUGUCUAACCUGAAGGGCCAAAAGUGCAGUGAUGGUGUUCAUGCUGCUCUUCUGGCUCCACCUGUUGAGAACACUCCUGAAAAAUCGCCAAACCCUGCAUACAGUCCAGUGACCUUCUCAACACCUCUAGAAGGAGACCUGGACUGUGAUUUGGAGACAGAGGUGCCAUAUCUAGGUCAAGACAGCUUUAUGACAGGUGACCCGUGUAUGGUGGCUUUAUCGCCGUCCAACGCUUAUGGUCCACCCAGAUAUGGGCCGCUAUCUGUAGGCACCCCUAGCCAUUCUACACCCAGACUGAAGAGUCGACAUAGCCUUGGAGGAGCUGUUUUUGAGAGCAUUACCCAGAGGAACCUGGGAGGUGUCUUGGAUACAGUCAGCCAAUCCCGGAGCUCCAGCCCCAAUCAGUCAGUCGCCAGCAACGGCUCUUUCUCAGGACGUCCUCUGUGUAGUGGCACCACCAGGCUGGGACAGCCAUGUAAGAAGAGGGCACUGGCGGGUCAGGACUUCUGUAGGGUUCAUGAAGGGGGACCCAACACCUACAGUCACCUAUAAGACCGUGCGUUGCUCCACUGCCACCUGUAGCACCAGCGAGUGUAUUGUGUGUAUCUUGUGUUUUCUUAAAUCUCAGCAAUCCAUUUGUUUUUAACGUGUUAUCAUAAUGUCCUGUUUUUGUUAAUCGUCUCUAUUGAUAGUGUAAAGUUUGUAUUUAUAAUAAAUGACC